AUGUUACGGACAGCUCAGCUUUGGCGAGUAUUCUCUUCACACAUCUUCACCAGAAACCUGUUUUUAAAUGACGUUCGACGCGCCGUCUCAUCUUCGCCAUCAACUUGUGAUGCGUUCGAUGUUAUAGUGGUCGGUGGUGGACAUGCAGGGACUGAAGCAUGCAGUGCGGCCGCUCGCAUGGGAGCACGGACGCUGCUGGUAACGCAGAAACGGUCCACCAUCGGAGAAAUGUCUUGCAAUCCGUCCUUCGGUGGUAUUGGCAAGGGCCAUCUCAUCCGUGAGGUAGAUGCUCUGGAUGGUGUUUGUGCGCGAUGUUGUGACCGAAGCGGUGUCCAGUAUAAGGUGUUAAACCGUCGGAAGGGACCGGCAGUGUGGGGGCCACGUGCUCAAAUCGACCGAACACUUUACAAGCGCGAAGUACAACAAACGCUCGAAAAUACCCCUAACAUGACGAUAAUCGAGGCAUCGGUAGAGGACAUUAUGCUAUGCUGCGCAGAAGAGCAUCCUCGAAUGGAUGGCAUAACGCUGUCUGAUGGCCGUACGAUUGGAACGAACAGUCUUGUCAUUACUACGGGUACGUUUCUACGCGGUCAGAUAAAUAUUGGAAUGGAAACGCGUCCUGCCGGAAGAAUCGGAGAUGAUCCGGCUGUAGGACUGGCGAAAAGUAUCGAGAAGUUGGGUUUCCGGUUAGGUCGCUUGAAGACUGGCACACCACCUCGCAUUCAUCGGGAUUCGAUACGCUUCGAGCGACUGGCGCGCCAUCCGGGUGACGAUCCGCCGGUUCCCUUUUCGUUUCUUAACGAUCGCGUCUGGCUCGAACCGGACCAACAGCUGGACUGUUUUCUCACGCAGACGACCUCCCACGUCAACGACAUCGUACUGCGCAAUCUGCACUGCAAUCGACACGUCACCGAGGAACUAACCGGACCCCGCUACUGUCCCUCGAUCGAGUCCAAGAUCCUGCGCUUUGGCCACAAGCUGCAUCAGAUAUGGCUCGAGCCGGAAGGCUUCGACAGUGAAUUGAUCUACCCGAAUGGAUUGUCUUGUACGCUUCCGGCCGAUGAACAGGCAAAGCUUGUGCGCUGUCUGGAAGGACUGGAACAGGCCGUAAUGGUACGGCCCGGGUACGGCGUUGAGUAUGAUUUUGUAGACCCUCGUGAGCUGUUCCCAACGCUGGAAACCAAACGUGUGAAGGGAUUGUUCUUGGCAGGUCAAAUCAACGGUACGACGGGCUACGAAGAAGCGGCCGCUCAGGGGGUUCUGGCAGGUGCUAAUGCUGCCGCACAUGCACUUUCCCGGUCACCGCUUACCGUGAGCCGGACAGAGGCCUAUCUUGGUGUGCUGGUGGAUGAUUUGACCACUCUCGGAACGAACGAACCGUACCGCAUGUUCACAAGUCGUGCUGAGUUCCGGCUCAGCUUGCGUCCCGAUAACGCUGAUCUACGGCUCACCGAGAAGGGCUUUGCCAUGGGGUUAGUGUCCGAGGAGCGCUUACAGCGAACAGUUUCAAUACGGCAGCGAUUGGCCAAGGCAGUGGAGUUACUGUGCGAUGUAAAGAAGGGUAGCAAUCAGUGGCGUGCAGCAAUGCAUCUACCACCGGCCAAGGCAAGCGUCUAUAAGAGUGCCUUCGAGAUGUUGGCCAUCUCGAACGAUGAAAUCACAACCGAGCGUGUGUGUGCUGUUGAGCCAACCGUACUGGGCUGGAUUCUGCAUGAUCCAGAGCUGUGCCAGCGACUUAAAAUCGAAGCCUUAUACAGCCUUUCAAUCGAGGAUCAGUCACGUGAAGUGGAGGAAGUAUUACGGAACGAGAGUUUAAGGAUACCGGACGCUAUUGACUAUCUAUCGAAAUCUCUAAAUCUUUCAUUUGAAGAGCAAGAAAAAUUGGUCAAAAUUAAACCUCAAACGAUUGCUGCCGCUAGUCGUAUUCAAGGAAUAACCCCAUCGUCUAUCGUGCGUUUGGUAAAAUACGUUAAGCAACACAAACUAAGUGCUACUGCCAUCUAG